GAUAAUUUAUCAGUUUUAAAACUUGGUAAAUCUGAUGAUUUGAGACCUGGUGAAUGGGUGAUUGCAAUGGGGAGUCCAUUGUCACUGAGUAACACCAUAACAUGUGGUAUUGUCAGUAGAGUACACCGUGGCAGUGGAGAACUUGGUAUGAGAAAUAAAGAUAUGAAAUAUAUACAGACUGAUGCAGCUAUCAAUUUUGGGAACUCUGGGGGUCCAUUGGUCAACUUAGAUGGUGAGGCUAUUGGUAUAAACACACUAAAAGUGACUCCUGGUAUAUCAUUUGCUAUUCCUAUUGACUACGCUAAACAAUUUUUAGUUAAACUCGAUGAAGCUCAGAAAACAGGUACAAAGCAUGGAAGGGAAAUCAAUUUAACCCCACCCAGGAAAUACAUUGGAAUAACAAUGUUGACACUAACGCCAAGUAUAAUAUAUGAGCUGGACCAACGAAUGACUGAUUUUCCAGUUGUAAAAAGUGGUGUCUUCGUACAUAGUGUCACGGUUGGAUCACCCAGUCAUGUGUAAGUGGUGCAUAAGUAGG